AUGGGCAAAGAGCUCACGGACCAAUUGCAAGCCUGCGCCGUCAAGUUGAACCAGAUGGCAGAAUCCUUGCAGUCGAAAGUCCGUGAGAAGCGGAACAAGAACAAGCAUUACAGGGAUCUCUUGGCCCAGGUGGAUGAGAUUCGCAAGCUUGCGUCUGAGCGAGUCAAUUUGGCAAAGGCUUUGAUUUGUGCAGUGGAUAAAAAACCACGAGCAAAGGCUAAGCCUGAUCAGAAGCCCGAUGAGAAGGGCUCGGGGGCAGAAGAACCCCUGCCCCUCACUGAUGGGAAAGCGUAA